AUGGUCGUUCCUCAUUUCGGUGAUUAUAUAGCUUUCAAGCUCGACCCAGUCGCUUCCCUCUGUUCUCUCAAGGAUCCAGAGGUUACCAAAUUCUGCGAAGCCUUAAUGACCAAAGUCUAUGUUGCUUGUGUCACCCAUCUCUUCUCUUUUCCCUUGCCUGGGGUGGAAUACAUAUCAGUGUCCAUGACCUUGGUCUCUCAAGGCCUUUCUGAUGGCCAGCCAGAUCGAUUGAUACUGCCGGACAUGGCUGUCCCAAUUUUGCCUAAUACUUCCAACCCCCUUUCGCGACCGCCACUUAACCCUACGCUGCCUCUUCCCUGGCCAGACUGUUAUUCACCCUACCCUGACUAUGACGCACUUGUCGUAUUCGAAACGACUUUCACUAUUGGAGACCCAUGGCCCGAUCCUAAAUAUCAAUUGAGGCACCAAGAGCGGCUUCUGGAGAUCUACCACUUCGAAGAUGUGGCGCGUAGGGAUGCACUUCAGAAGGAACAAGAAGCUUUACGCGUGGGCGAUGGUGCUGGCGAUGUCGACGGUGACCAGCCAGACCAGCUUCAUGAAUCUAUGGAAUCUAGUGGAACUCCGAUCGUGUUAACACGUCCUUUCAAACUGACGUCUUUCCUUCGCUCGCUGCUUGGCAAAGUCCUGCGGUGGGUACCCUGUGUGCACACAGAUCUCGAUUACUAUGACAGAGACUUCUCGGACGACCCUUUGCAUGGUUUCGAUCUUUUCGGCGCCACUCCUCCAGAUACUAUGCCUGUUAUAGAGCUCGACGCUUUGGAAAGCAUUGAAGCAGAUUAUCACAAGCGAAUGGAAAUCAAAGUCCAAGCUGAUAUUGAAGGAGCUCGCGAAAAGGACGAAGUACUUCAUGCUCAACUGCAGUCAAAAAUGCCAAAACGUGAACCUUCGCCUGUGGAGACGGUAGCUGUGUCUGCUUCUGUUACAGAAGUUAUAGCAGAUGCUAAGUCCAGCGCUAAUGCUUAA